UGCUCAGCGCCGAGGGGGCGGGAUCUUUUAGCUGGCGGGGAGAUUCGUUUGAAAUCAGAAAAACCGAGAUCUCUGGAGUCGAACCACCGGUCGGGUUCUUCUGAAGAGAUUAAAAAAUAACAAUCGCACGAAGAAAAAUAAAAUAAAAUGAAGAUACACAUUUUAAUUGUUUGUCAGAGACAAAGUGCUGAAACGCGAUCGUCAUCCAAAACACUUCUUUAAUAUGUACAGAUCUUACUCCCUACCACAUUCUUGCACGGCCUCUCCUUGCAGCAGAAGAUCAUCCCUGGGCUUGCGUAGCUGAGACUUCGGUGCUAAAAUCCUGAGAAACGGGAAGACUGAGCUGUUUGUUAUUGUCGUGUUGUCUUUAUGUGCAUUGGUGGACUGAGACGCUUUUCAUCAACUUUGAGAUAAUCGUUUGAGUUGCUACAAUGGAGAUAGACCUGCAGCUGGGGGUAACAGAGACGGUGUCGCACCAAGUGGAGCAGGGUGGCUGGAACGCUGUGUUCCCGAUAAUCAUUCCUGAAUCGGAGAGCGACACAGAGGAAGAGGAGCGGACCGUGCCCAUUCUGAGGGGCCUGCUGCAGGGGGUCACCAGCUCAGUGGUCGAGCCAGCACGACAGGGGACUGUAACGAGGAGGAGGCGGGCAACGCGGACGCAAAGCCAGGCCACUCGCACCUCCGCAAGGUCCAGGUGGCCCCUCACAGCAGGAAGUGCCAGGCAGGCCUCCGCGAUGGACAGCUUCUUCCAGCCGAGACGCAGCCAGACUGUGCAGCUGCCUUACACCGGCUCACUGGUGCACAUUGUGGGGGACUCGGCCACAGUGAGCGUCACUGACCCGGGUUCAGGGAACACCACGGAGCAGAGUGACUCCGAGGAGAGCCUGACUGACCUGGAGGAGACUGCAGCACCCGCGGCCCCCAUCAUGCCCACUGUCUCUCUCGCGACAGGUCUUGCAGUGCCAGUAGAGGGCAGUGCUGAGACUGUAGGGUCUGUGCAGAGGGAUGUAGAUGGUCCUCUCCAAGACUUGGAGUCAAGCUCUCCUGUGAAAAUUUCUGGGCCAAAAGAGGUGUCCAGUGCCCCCAUAGCACCCCCCAAUGAUCCUGGGGAGGAAGAGGGAGAUACCUGUUCAAUCUGUUUCGAACCCUGGACCAAUGCAGGGGAGCACCGCCUCUCCACCCUGCGCUGUGGGCAUCUCUUCGGGUUCAUCUGCAUUGACCGCUGGCUCCGGGGGCACGGAGGCAAGUGUCCGCAGUGCAAUAAGAAGGCGAAGCGCACGGAUAUUGUGGUGCUGUACGCUCGCACGUUGAAGGCCCUCGAUACCAGUGAGCAGGAGAGGAUGAAAAGCCUUCUGGUGCGCGAGCAAGCCUUGCGGAGGAAGUCUGAGCUGGAGUCGGCGCAGUGCAGGCUGCAGCUCCAGGUGUUGACAGACGAGUGCGGCCGACUGCGCAAGCAACUCCAGGAGUUGAAGGUGUUGAUGUCCCAGCAGGGCUGUAGCUCCUCUCAAUCGAGAGGCUCCCGCACCGCCCUCUCGCAGGGCUCCAGCCAGGCUCCGGUGGGGCGCUACACUUUCAACGAAGCUGUGAUGGUGUCCCAGACAGGGAACUGCCGUGUGCUGUCCUACUGCGAGCCUCUCAGCUGCCUGCUGGCCUCCCAGCCCUCCCCACAAGCAACACUGGUACCAGGCUACGGUUUUAAGAAGAUCAGUGCAGUCAGCAUGAAGGCGUGUCAGUACGUACCCAUCCACGCCAAGCAGAUCCGUGGACUGGCCUUCAGCAACCAGGCAGACAGUCUAAUGCUCUCUGCAGCGCUGGACAACACCAUCAAACUGACCAGCCUCCUGACCAACACGGUAGUGCAGACCUACAACACAGGCCGUCCUGUGUGGAGCUGCUGCUGGUGUCUGGAUGAUCCGCAUUGCAUCUACGCUGGGCUGAACAACGGCUCAAUCCUGGUGUACGACACGCGGGACACCAGCACAUACGUGCAAGAGCUCGCUCCCCUUGGAUCCAGGUGCCCGGUGGCCUCCCUAUCCUAUCUCCCCCGCGCCGCCUCGGCUGCUUUCCCCUGUGGGGGGCUGAUCGCUGGGACCCUGGAGGGGGGCAGCUUCUGGGAGCGGAAGGACGGGACGACCUACAGAGCCCACCGCCUCCCGCUGGAGACGGGUGGCUGCACAGACAUCCAGGUGGAACCAGCCAGCCGGCACUGUCUCGUCACCUACAGGCCAGGCAAGUCAAACCCCUCCCUGCGAUGUGUGCUAAUGGAGCUCAGCAGGGGGCGCCAGAUAGACUCAUCCGAGGACCCUCCAUGUACCUGCCACCCCGUCCAAUCCUUCAAUGCCGGCUCCUCCUGCAAGCUGCUCACCAAGAACGCUGUGUUUGAGAGCCCGGCACGCAACGGGGCCAUGCUGGUGUGUGCAGGAGACGAGGCUUCCAACUCUGCUAUGCUGUGGGAUGCCAGCCGUGGUUCUCUGCUUCAGAAACUGCAGGCUGACCAGCCAGUGCUGGACAUCAGCCCCUUCGAGGUGAACCAGAACAGCUACCUGGCCUUGCUCACGGAGAAGAUGGUGAAGAUCUACAAGUGGGAUUGAGAUAAAGAACUGCAGCAAGAACCAGUGUGCGUGCAGCAUGUCUGGAGUAGAGUGAGGGAAUGUGGGAGCCCUUUAACACGAAGUGCUUGAGACAAGGCACCGGUUCCUGUCACAUGAUUUGAGGGGAGGGGCAUUUUAGCUGACUGGGAGCACUCCUUCCAUUUGGGGUUCCCAUAGAAAUAAACUAGAGACCCAACGAGAAUUGAGAAAAGCGGCAAACCAAAUACGCCAUGGAGUUAUGGGUUCCCACUUUUUAUGACUUUGUGAUCUUCAGAAUAAAUAGGGUCUUGGUAUUACCCUAGUUUUAACUGGAGUAGAGUCCCCACGGCGAAUUGGGACAAAUGAGGGGAAUGCCUAUCAGGCUGAAGGUCCAAUGCUGGAUUGUGUUGAGUGCAUCAUACACAGGAUGGUGAGGCACGGGUCUCUGCAUGAAUACGGACCACUGGUGACCAGUGUACAGGCAGCAGUGAAGAUUUUAAAAGGGUUUUUUCGAAAUUAUUCCAAAUGGCUCACAGAGCAGCAACAUCUCAUUUCCAGUAGGCACUCUUUCUUCCCAUUGUUUCUUUUACAACUCUAUUGCUUUUAUUUAAUACAAUAUUUGUGCACUUGGAUUUGUCUGAGGCCUUAGCAGCUGCCCCAGAUGUGCCCACUCAAUCUCACAAUACAGUUUUCAAUAUUCAUCUGUGUUCAGUGCCUGCAAAAUGAAACUGAAAUCAAUUCACAUGGAAAGAGGAAGACUGGAUUACUAUUUGCCUGAGCACAAAAUUGGGCACAAAAGGCUGAAUUUAUCAAGAUAUUUACAUAAUGCAUUUUGCAACAUUAAAGAAAAAAAAAAAGAUAAUACAGUAAACUAAUUGGGGCUAGGGGACGUUCUGAUAAUCCAAUUACAACUGAAAUGUUAAUGACUUUCCCAAUCAAGAAACCUGAAGACAGGGCAGGACAGCACUGCACACAAACCAGGUUAACAAGUGUCUAUUCGGAAAGCAGAGGUGUUCUGAUAAACAAAGUUUGAAAUUUGAGAUUUUACUGGAAUGCUGUCAGUGUUUCCCCACUAAUAACAAUUAGCCUAGGCAUGCUUUCUAGUGACUUUAGUAUUCCAUUAAGUUUGUUUAGGUACUUCAGUUUUAUUUUCCUGUCACUAAAAGAUGCAAAUUGCAUUUUGGCAUAAAGACCUAGAUCAAUCUGGCCCAAUAUUCAGGUUAAGUCGCUAGUAACUUAACCUUAAACACAAGCCUAGUUUUAAAAACUUGAGAUUGUCUUUGCUUUUGUAUUUCAAUUUUAAUCUGCAAUGCCCUGCAUUUGUGUUCAGUUUUCUACUGAAUGAUUCCUUGUUGACUGACGACAUUCUUCCACAAUUCUUGCUAAAUUACUUAAUUGGACCAAAGAAGUGCUUAUUAGAAGCUUAAUUGGUCCAAUUGAUUAAUUAAUUUAGUGCACAGUUAGAACAAAAACCAGGAGGGACACCAGCCCUCCAGGACCAGGGUUGGAGACUCCUGCUUUAAAGUGCUCCUGCAGGCGUACAAGCUGCAACUGUCUGAACUAAACAAGGUCAUUCACAUCACGGAGCUCAGAAAGAAAUGCAAACACAUUUUUAUAGGGAAAAAGCGUGUGGUUAAUAUUUUCAACAUGGUCUUGUAAGCAUUGGUUUGUUCAACACUAGUUACAAAGCUUUGUGCCAAAGAUUAAAUAAAAUUGAACCUGGUCCACUAACCUCAAACUUCCACUAUUUAAAUGAAUAAUGUUAAACUAGAAAAUAGAGGUUGCUUUUGUUUUUUAAACAGAGUAUACAUACAUAGUCAGUGUGUUUACAUGCUAAACUGUGCAGAGGGAGAAUUACAUAUGUGUGUCUGUAUGCUUUAUAUGUUUUUCUCUAUUUAUGGUUUUGUUUCAUUUUGUAAUAAAAGAGAUUAUAUAAUCCA